CUCGCGCAUGCGCUCUGCGGUCAUCACAGUAUGAAGAGUGCAGUGUUCAAGUAACGUUAGCGCGAGAGAUGAAGACUCCUCCAGACAGGCCAGGAAUCACCUUUGAGGUCGGAGCUCAGCUAGAAGCCCGAGACCACCACAAGAACUGGUACGUGGCCACCAUCGAGAAGAUCGACUACGAGAAGGAGCGCCUCCAGGUCCACUACCGCCACUGGAGCCGCAGACACAACGAGUGGUUUGAUUGGACGUCGCCCGUACCCCUGCGCCCGCUGGAGCGAGUCAGCCUGAGGAGGCGGGGCCUGAACCCAGCGUGCUCCCAGCCGAUGUUGGUUCCAGGUACCAAGGUUCUGGCCUGUUGGACCACAGUUUCAGACUCCUACACCGUGCGGUUCUUCGACGGCGUGGUCCUGACUGUGAAGCCCACCAAGAUCAAACCCUUCAAAGACAAGUCCAGACGUGAGAAAAGUGCGUUGGGAAGCGAGGGAUGGGAGGAAGGAGAGAGCGAGGAGGAAGAGAAGGAUAAGAGCAAGGAGGAGGAAAUGGAGGAGGAAGUGACAUCACAGGAGAAGGAGGAAGUGACAUCAGAGGAGAAGGAGGCAGUGACGUCGGAGGAGAUGAAGAGGAAGGCAGAACCUUCAUCCUCCCAUCCACCUGUGAAGAAGAAGGCAGACGACAUAAUGACUCCUGUCCCAGGUGGAAGCAGUGGAGCUCAGAAUCAGCCAAUCACAGCUGACUCUCCUCAGCCAGGCCCUCCUAACUCCGCCCACAUCGACAAAGACAUCCUGUUGGAGCGGCAGGCUCACCUCCCUACCACACACAAGUUCAGCAGAGAGCCACUGUACCGAGUGAUAAAGAACCAGCCUCCUCCCAUUCUCUCCAUCGAGUUGGACCACAACCCCUUCAAGUGUCCCUCAGCCGGCUGCUCCAAGUCCUUCAGGAAGGCCAGCCUGCUGCACUACCACAUCAAGUACUACCACUCGGAGCAGCCGCCGGACGGGCCCGGCCAGCACCAGGCACCCAGGAGGAAGCGCUCAUCUUCUAAAGGUGGCGACUUCCUGUCAGAGGACCAGAACAGCUCCGGUCAGCCGGACGAUAGAGACCACUGCAUCAUGGGAACAGAAGUGAAGAUGGAAGCAGAGAGCGAGAACAUGCGAGAACAGGACAGAAAGGAGAGCAAGAACUUCCUGAGAGUCAAACUCAAGAAGAAGAAGAAGAAGAAGAAGAGGAAGAGAAGCCAGUCAGGAUUUGGCAGCAGCGACGAUGAGAACUCAGACCAACCUGCCAUCACUGUGAAGCUGCCCUCAGAACACCACAACACACACACACCAGCUGACGACGGCAGUGAUUGGUCGACCCUCACAGCGGAGAGCGGGGAGGACACGUCCUCUUGGCCCGUUGCUAUGGAGACAGAGGAGUGUGAGCUGGUGAGGUGUGUGUGUGAGGUGGAUGAGGAGAACGACUUCAUGAUCCAGUGUGAGUCGUGUCUCUGCUGGCAGCACGGCACCUGUAUGGGUUUAUAUGAAGACAACGUCCCACACAACUACACCUGCUACUACUGCAGACACUCUGCAGGCUGGAGGCGGGCUCAGCGGUUCCUGUCAGAACCUGAUUGGCUGAUAUCUGGUCACAUGUUCGGCCUAUCGUGUGUGAAGGAGAACUACUCUGAGAUCAACGCCUCCAAGAUCUCUCACACCAGCAGCCUGCUGGCUCACUCUCACCUCCUGGGACAGGUGCUCCGCAGCAUGCAGCUCCACCUCAGCCUGCUGCAAGACAGUCCCCAGAAUGCAGUAAAUGAAGUGUUAGAAACCAAACCUCCGGCCUUUGCUCACAGCGCUCCGUCCCACCCUGACCUGCAGCUGUGGAGGUUGCCAUGGCGACAGGAGGACGGGCCGAGGCCGGCGUCCAGCCCGAGAGCCGAGACGCCCGUCUGCUACGUCAGCAGUGAGCACUGCUACCAGAAGCCUGGUGCAUCAUGGGAAAACUCCGAGGGGAAGGAAAUAAAGCCUGAAGAUGUCGACACCAAACCAGCUGAGGCCACGGGAGAUACAAACACAGACACACACUGCACACACACAGACACACACACAGACAGCUGUGCACACCCUCAGACACACACUCAG